AUGGGCAAGCCAUGUCAACCAACUUACAUAGUACGUGUUUUGUUUGAUGACCGCCGCCUCCGCGUGCUUGUGCUUACCGAUGUCAAAAGCAACCAGAACCGUCUUGCGCUGGGGAGGUCUGUUAACCGGGCCGUCGACACGUUGAAGGACUUCCAACGUCAGAACACGAAAUGGCCCGCGCAUUACCCCUCCGUCGAGAGACCGGAACAGAAACACGGCGGCCUUGUGCGCUCCCAGACGCAGAACUUCGUCGACGAUUUCAACAAUGAGGCCGGCCCCUCUUCGCGCCCGCAGAUGCAGCGACGAGCCGCCACCAGUAUCGACGGUUCCAUGGAGCCGCAGGCGAAGGCGAACACACCCGAGCCGCGACUGGUCACACCGAAGAUCGCCGAGGAGUUCAACGUGCUGAAGCUGGAUCUGAAACUGGGGUCCGCGUCGCCGUCGGAGCUUGUGCACUCGCUUGAGAAAUCGGCUAUUGCGUCGUUGCUGGACGGGAAGAUCUCGCAGAGCAUCAAGCAUCUGCUCGCGCUCAGGGAACGUAUCGAGGAUACGUCAUCGAAGGUGCUGAUCACCGGUGAUGUCAACGCGGGAAAGUCGACGUUCUGUAAUGCCCUCAUGCGAAGGAGAGUACUGCCCGAGGACCAACAGCCGUGUACCAGCGCUUUCUGUGAAGUGCUGGACGCAAGAGAUAAUGGCGAUGUCGAGGAGGUUCAUGCUAUCAAGGAGGGCUUCAAGUAUAAUCGCCACGAUGAAAGUACAUAUGAUGUCUUCCCACUGGAGGAACUCGAGGAUAUCGUGGUCGACAACGACGAUUACAGCCAGGUCAAGAUCUACGUGGACGACGUACGGCCGAUCGAACAGAGCUUCCUGCGAAACGGCGUUGUCGACAUCUCCCUCAUUGACGCCCCCGGUCUCAACACGGAUUCGAUGAAGACUACGGCUGUGUUUGCGCGACAGGAGGAGAUCGAUGUCGUCGUCUACGUCGUUGCGGCGGAGAAUCACUUCACCCUCUCGGCGAAGGAGUUCAUCUGGAAUGCGGCAAACGAGAAGGCGUACAUCUUCAUCGUUGUUAAUAGGUUCGACAAUAUCCGCAACAAGGGCAAGGAUAAGUGCCAGAAGGCGAUUCUCGAGCAGGUUGCCGCCAUGUCGCCACAGACGUACAAGGACGCACAGGAGCUCGUUCACUUCGUCUCUUCGAAUGCUGUCAUCGAUGGCACCGACGCGGACAAGGUCAAGGACUUUGAGGCCCUCGAGGAGGCGCUCCGCAGCUUCGUCCUCGAGAAGCGCGCCAGGAGCAAGUUGGCGCCGGCAAAGACGUACCUGCUGAACUUGCUCAGCGAUAUCGAGACGCUCGCUUUCGUCAACAAGGAGAUGGCGGCCGCGGAAUUGGAGAAGAUCCGCCAGGAGUUGGAUCAGAUCUCGCCUGCUUACGAGAAAUUGGUCAAGUCGCGACAGGAGGUGUCUGACGAUUGCGACAAGACUACCGAAGACGUCACGUCGGAUGUGUACACCUACUCGAGGAAUUUGGUGUCCGGAACGAUAUCCACUCUGGAUGACAAGCCUGUGGUUACCUACUCCGGCCUCCUCAAUGCCUUUGGCUAUGCCGAGGCUACGAAGCAGGCUAUGCUACAGCUAGUUCAGACUUCCGUCACGCAAUCCGAGACGUACGCCAAGACGAAGACCGCUGCGAGCGUGUCUUCGAUUGCGUCCCUCGGAGCCCUCCAUCUCGGCGGCGAAUACAUCCACCGCGCCUUCCGUCCCGAAUUCAUGUUCUCCCGCAAGCGCGACCAGCUCAACAAGCAGGUCAAGGUUGAGCUCGACUACUCGGACUUCUUCGAUAUUGAAUUCGCCACGCAGGAGAAGCAGAUUGCCGGCGCGGGAAUGUCGUUGACGCUCGCCACCGUUGCCACUUCGCAGGUCAUGGGCAUCAGCAGCUGGGCUGAUGGACUCUGGAAGGCCGGGAACAUGCUGGGCUUCCGGAACGCGAAGAAGCUUAUAGUUCCCGCUGUCGUGCUGGCCACUAUCGGUACUGGCUACUACCUCCUCUCGGAUCUCCCCAAUGCCGUGCCGCGGAAACUGGCGAAGAAGAUCCGCAAGCAGCUGGCGGACAUGGACUACGUCCACGUCAACGCCGAGCGCAUCGCGAACCAGUGCCGCAAGGUGCUCAAGUUCCCGACCGAAGAUCUCCGCAGCGGGUUCCAGCGCGGAAUCGAGAAGCAGGGCAAGGCAGUCCAAGAACGCAAGGAAAAGCAGAAGGAUAGCGAGGUCGCCGACAAGUACUUUGGCAACCUCCUGCGAAACGCGAAGCAGCAGAGGGCCGCCGUUAGCACGUUAGAUCUCGAGCCGCAUACGGUCCUCGAUAACUCGCUAGAAGAACAGCAACAAACCGAGACCCAGCAGACACAACUGGAGUCGGAGAACCCGUUCGCUGAAAAUUAG